CUCUCCAUCUCCUCAUCUGCCCGCUUCCCCCCCUCCCUCUCAUCCACUCCUUUCCCUUCCCACUCUCUCCUCCUGACUGCCUGCGUCAGCCUGCUCCUGCUAGCAAGUGAACGCUGCUACUGGAGCUGCUGUACCCUGCAGAGAGCCGUGUGUGUGUGUUUAAAUGUAUGAGUGUACGCAGAUGGGAAAGCAACUGAGUCAGGGAGAGCUGCCUCGCAUCUCUACUCUGUUAUCACCAUCCUUCACUCUCCCUCCUCUCCACCUCCGCUGCCAUGGAGCUCCAGCAGGCUGAAUCACAACAGCAUCUACAGAAAGGGCUGAGCAGGUAGAUGUGUAUGCGUGUGCUGUGCCCCAUUGGGCCAGUAUGGAGUGUGUGUGUCUGAGAAGGUGGGCAUCAGGCUCUGCUGUCAUCUUCCUUCACACACUGGCCUUAUCUUGGACAGGUGCAAUUGAGCCCGCCCCCAAAAUUGACGGACAGCACCGGGCAGCUGUGACACUGCAGGAGAACAUGACACACUGGUUCAACUGCCAAUCAGACGGCUGGGAUCCCCGUGCCCCUCCCUUGCUAACAUGGUACCUGAAUGGGGAGCAGCAGAGAGAGCCACCGCCCAACCAUGGGCGCCUGGUGAUGACGUCGCAGGAAGGUUCUGAAGUCGUGAGACCGGGGACCAAUCACAACAGCACCUUCUCUCUGCGGGCCAGGAAGUGGGACAGGGAGCUGGUGUGUGUCGCAUCAAACCCCAGGACAGGAGAGAGCUACAAUGCCACGGUCACACUCAAUAUCCAGUUUCAGCCAGAGAUCCUCAGGCUGAACGCCCACUACAGUGAAACCUCAGACCCUGGCCUCUCCCUGGUCCUCUUUGCCUUGGUACGGUCCAACCCGCCUGCCACCAUCACCUUCGUGGACCAGUCCGGCCAGCUGGUGGCCAACACCUCAGACUUCCUCAUCCUGGACUCAAGGAGCUACCCCUGGCUGACCAAUCACACGCUGAAGGUCACGCUCGGUAGCCUAUCAGGGAAUAUCUCGCUGAACGUCAGCAACAGUGUGGGAACGGUGCAGAGCAACCUCACACUGGCAGAGUUCCUGCAGUCUCGUGUGGAGGUACCUAUGCUGGGAAUAGUGACUGGGGGAGCCAUGGCCUUCAUGGCCCUCCUUGUCCUCAGUCUGAUUGUUCUCUGCCUCAUGCAAAAAAACAAGAGCAAGUCCUUUGAUGAGCCAGUGGAGAUUCUGAUGACCAAGAAAAGCUCAGCCAAUCUAAAGACCGAUAAGACCUCCAUCCCCAGAGAGAACAUGUCUCUGCCUUCCAACAUGCAGCUCAACGACCUCAACACUUUGAGAAAAGCCCGAGAGGCUGCCCAGCAGAGCAUUGUGGGAGAGAAGAAGGAGGAGGAGGAGGAGGAAGAUCUGUCUUUAGCCUAUGCUGCCAGAGGUUUUGCCAGAUAUCCGAUGGUGGGCUACAUCUAUAAGGUGAACAGCACAAGCAGUGAAGAGAUCUGGCUCUGACUGACCUCAAAGUCACACACACACACACACACACACACACACACACACACACACACACACACACACACACACACACACAGUACGUGCAUGUGUAGCUACUUCCAACAGUGCAGCUGUCUAAGAGAAGACCCAGAGCAACUGCCAUUCAGUCAUUGAACCAAUCAUCAGUCACCUUUAAGCUGGACCAGUAUGACUACUAUCUCUAGUAGUCUAGUAGAAACUAUCUCUGUCUAUCUGGGCCUCAUACAGUACCAACACACUUUGUUUGUCAAGUUCAUACAUGAACUUGAAUUUCUUGUUCACAAAACAAAACUGUCUAUGUUUUUUUGUCUCUCUGAAUCAAGUGCUCCGGUCUAUACACCCCUGGUGUGAUGUCUCAACAAUGCAAUGCAAUGAAUUCUACAUAAAAAUGCUCAUAUUCUGUAUGUUUCGACAUGAUUUACACCUGUAACCACAUGCUCAUGAUGUCCUCCUCCCUGUUGCAUUUAUGGAAUGCAUUAAUUGUUCUAUACUAACACCAGAAUGUCCAAGAUAAUCUACUGUACGUGCGAUUUUACAUUUUGACCAAUAAUAUUCAAAUAAGAUGGUACAUAUUUAAGGAGUACGUAUUUGUAUAUGGACAUUUAACAUGUCAUGUACUGUAUAUUUGUAUGCAUAUGUAUAUGUGUAUAAAAGAGGACAUCUAAUAAAGAUAAUAUCGAAAUUGUAUGAAGUAAA